AUCCUGCUAAUAACCCGCGUAGUCUGCUAUUCAUUCACCACAACCGCUACUUUUCAGUCGAGGCUAUUACCGAAUCCGCGACUGCUAGCGUCAGUCGCUACACAAUCGCGGGUCGCGACGGUGCGCUGCUUUUCUAGACGGCAUUGGAGUGGCAAUUGUUUUCUUGUUGCAAACGGCGAUGAGGAGGUUUUGAUCUUCUGAGAAGGUUUAAUCCUGUGCAAUUAAGUGGAUGUGGAGUGUGUUCCGGUGGAAAAAACUUGCGAGCUAAUUUGCUAAUGGAUUUUUAUCGAAUUACAUAGUUGGUGUUGUGUUUAGUGCCAAGCCUACCCUUGGUUGUAUGUAUGUUAACGGAAUCGUUGUCUGCUUCUUUGAAUCAAUCAGAUAAUCGGCUACGAUGGGUUACCAGUGCUAGAUUCAGCUAGAAGUCGGCCUUCGAAGAUUUUGGUUUUGUCCAAGCAGCGUCAGAAUCGACUGAAAAGUGGUUUUCAAAGGCAUCCCCGGUCUACCAACAUCAGGAGUUACUAUGCGGGAAAAGAAGAGCGGCGCCCUGUCUCGAAUGCAGAAGCUCCGGAAGAGGUUGUCACACUCCUUUGGACGAUUAUCGGUAUCGAAGGAAGAAGCGGAAGAGCACAACCACGGGAAGCUGCCCUACAAUGGCUACAGCGAUGAGUUCCUAGACCGAUUAGAACCCAACGGAAACAUACCUGCCGGCAAAGGUGAUAUUAGAUACGGCGAGUUUUCUACUUACGGGAGAGGCGGAGACAUGGGUACUAUGCGCAGCGCACAGUCAGCUGAAUGGAACAGUGUGUCCGGCCAUGACAGGGUGAAAAGGCAACUGUCGGUUUCCAGUGAUAGCAAGCUCCUGGAUGACGACAUCCGGGAGGAAACUAAAGUGAUACUCCGGCCCAGGAAACCCCCCAGACCUAAAUCAGAAGUUUUGCUCAAUCAAGGCACCGACCACCGGAGGACGAAGCGCUACUCAGCGUUUGGGGGAGAUUCGCCCUUCGGCAAGUCGGAAGCUUACAUAAAACUAGAACAAUUAGGUGAAGGUUCAUACGCAACCGUGUACAAAGGAUUUAGUAAUUUGCAAAAUCAAGUGGUGGCACUGAAGGAGAUUAGACUGCAAGAGGAGGAGGGCGCUCCGUUCACAGCUAUCCGUGAGGCUUCCCUACUGAAAGAACUGAAACAUGCCAACAUAGUCACCCUCCACGACAUAGUACAUACCAGAGAAACGCUCACGUUCGUUUUCGAAUAUGUACACACAGAUUUAUCCCAAUACUUGGAAAGGCACAGCGGCGGUCUGGACCCCCGCAACGUGCGCCUCUUCCUCUUCCAGCUGCUGCGCGGCCUCGCCUACUGCCACAAACGUCUAGUGCUGCACCGCGACGUCAAGCCCCAGAACCUCCUGAUCAGCGAAAUUGGCGAACUGAAGCUGGCCGACUUCGGCUUGGCCAGGGCCAAGUCCGUGCCCAGCCACACCUACUCCCAUGAGGUGGUCACCUUGUGGUACCGGCCGCCGGACGUCCUACUUGGCAGUACCGAGUACUCCACCUCACUUGACAUGUGGGGGGUAGGAUGCAUCUUCGUGGAGAUGAUCACGGGCAUGGCCAUAUUUCCCGGUGUAAGGGACACCUAUGAUCAGUUAGAUAAAAUUUUUAAGGUAUUAGGUACUCCAACAGAAGAAGACUGGGCUGGCGUCACUAGACUGCCAGGUUACAAACUACAUAGGAUAGGUCAGUACAGGCCCAGACGGUUGGGGCUUUGUUGGCCCAGGCUGCACGAUGUAGUUCACGGCGAAGCCAUGGCCAUGGCCCUUCUACAACUAGACCCCCAAAAAAGACUGGGCGCUGAAGAAGCAAUGACCCAUCGUUACUUUGAUGGGCUACCUAAGAAGCUUCUAGAACUGCCAGAUGAUUCUUCAAUAUUCACUGUUGAAGGUGUACACCUAUGUCCAGAGCAGUAUUCGGGUAUAAAAUGAGGUUGACCUUGUCUACCUCUCUCAGGAAAAAAACAUCUUUAAGCAAUGACCACAGUCAGUCAACCGUAUCCCUUUACAUACUUGCUUCACGAUUAAAAAAAAAAAAACUGUAAUGACACCUCGUUGUGCACUGCUGUUGCAAUUAUUUUUAUUAUGUUUACUGUUUAGUUAAGGUUAAUAAUAUUUUGAUUAUUCGUUAUCGCGCAUCUUAGGACAAUUAUGCGGUUUCAUUAAAAAAAAAAAGACUGGAAAAUAUAUUUUCUGAAUGGUUUGGAUAUAACUUGUUGGUUGGCUAGGAAUUUUUCAGUAACGUCCAGGAUUCAACGAAUUUUACAGAAGAAAGCCAUAAGUAUAUAUAACUUACGAACUAAAAAUGCCACAACCGACAAAUUAUUAACAAUGGGGGGACACUAACAUUUAUUUAUUUUUAAAUUAUUGCAAAAUCUUAGUGCAAUUUUAGACAAUUUUACUAUCUUUAAUACCGUAUAGGGGCCAUUCAGAAUUUUCUUUUUUAAUUAACCAGGAUUUAGUUACCUUUUCUUACAUUAUUUAAGGAAAUUUCUUCAGUUUUUCGACAGUGUUUUGUUUUUUAGAGGGUAAUUAUUACUCGCAAAAUUAUAUCAUAUUUAUAGUUACAUUUGUACGAUACCCUCAGAAAUUGUUUAUGUACGAUUUGCAAAAUGUAUAUUCUAAAAAUCACUUAAAAUGUUUUAAAAGUUAUUUUCAACUAUAUACAGGCUCGGAAAGUGCUCAUGGUACAUCGGCCGUUACGUGAG